AUGGCCUCUGACUACUUUAUAGCCGGUGACCCUAUUCCCAACCGAGGAAAGCGACGCUACAAGCCUGGUACAGUCGCUCUCAGGGAGAUCCGAAAGUAUCAAAGUGGCACUCAGCUUCUGCUGCGUCAACUUCCAUUCUCUCGUCUUGUACGCGAAAUUGCCGAGUCGGUGAGACCCCGAGGCGAAGCAAUGCGAUGGCAAUCGCAAGCGAUACAGGCACUCCAAGAAGCUGCGGAGGCCUUCUUAGUACACCUCUUCGAAGACACCAACCUCUGCGCUAUCCAUGCCAAGAGAGUAACCAUAAUGCAAAAAGAUAUUCAGCUCGCAAGGCGCAUUCGGGGCGUCUGGGGUGGGCUAGGCUGA